ACCCAACUCAUACUGCCUGAUAAUCCAUCCAUCCAAUCCGACUGUCAGUCUGAGGAGCGGAGCUAAACAAAACAAAUGCUUCACGGUUGCCUUUUACUUAUUUCCCUAUAAAAAAAACUCCUCAGUUUCGCAGCCAUGGAGUUGUCUGAAAUAUUAUACAACAAAGCGGAGUAUAUUGAGACGGCGUCUGGCAACAAGGUUAGCAGGCAAUCGGUACUCUGUGGAAGUCAAAACAUCGUACUUAAUGGCAAAACCAUCGUCAUGAAUGACUGCAUCAUCCGGGGCGACCUGGCUAAUGUCAGGGUGGGUAGACAUUGUGUCGUCAAAAGCAGGAGUGUCAUUCGUCCACCUUUCAAGAAGUUCAGCAAAGGAGUGGCCUUCUUCCCGCUGCACAUCGGUGACCAUGUGUUCAUCGAGGAGGACUGUGUGGUGAAUGCAGCGCAGAUCGGAUCCUACGUCCACAUUGGCAAGAACUGCGUCAUAGGUCGUCGCUGUGUGCUGAAAGACUGCUGCAAGAUCUUAGACAACACUGUUCUUCCUCCAGAGACAGUGGUGCCUCCUUUUACCGUCUUUUCAGGAUGCCCAGGUUUGUUUUCGGGGGAGCUUCCAGAGUGUACACAGGACUUGAUGAUUGACGUCACGAAGAGCUACUACCAGAAGUUUCUUCCCCUCAGCCAGAUAUAAGACCCGCCUGCUUCAAAGGCCUUUGCCAUCGCAACCUUCAUUUGCUUUGUACAAGGUCCAGCUUGCGGUCUCUGCAUAGAUGGCGACGCCUUUGACUCCCGACAAGCUGAACAUCUGUGCCGAAGGAAAAAAAAAAUGUUCAGACACAGUUUAACAGCACAUCUUGGAAGAUUACUGAACAUGUUCUUUCCCCUUGCUCAAAUAUCAUAUUGUAAUUUUAUGAUGUCAACUUUUCAGAUUAUGUGUCAGAGAGAGAAAAGAGAAGGCAUAUUUGGAAGGAACUUGUCACUUUCAUCCUGUCAUUGAGGAAGACUAACUUGGACCAAAAUUAACUCGGAAUUAUACACAUUGUAAAUUUCUAGUCUAUUAUUCCCAGCUAUCUGGAUGCAUCGUUGCAGUGUACAUGUGUGUGCUGUCGUAGUCUAAGACCAAAGACAGCAUCUUAUCCACUCCUAGGAAUGUCUGGUAUGCUCUUGCUAGAUUAAAUUAUAUUGAAA